GCAGCUCUCAGCUCUUCGCCGCUUCGGCUCCUCCAUGGCGAGCCCCGGCUCCGGCUUCUGGCCCUUCGGGGCCGAGGAGGGCUCCGCGGCCGCCGAGAGCCCCGGCACAGCCAGAGCCUGGUGCCAGGUGGCACAGAAGUUCACCGGAGGCAUCGGCAACAAGCUGUGCGCGCUGCUCUACGGAGAUGCCGAGAAGCCCGCGGAUCCCGGCGCCAAGGCAGCCCCGAGGGCAGCGGAGCCGCGGCCGUCCUGCCCCGCCUGCACCUGCGACAAGAAGCCCUGCGGCUGCCGGAGAGCCGACGUCAACUACGCGUUCCUGCACUCAACAGACCUGCUGCCGGCAUGCGACGGGGAGGCAGCGACGCUGUCCUUCCUGCAGGACGUGGUGGACAUUCUGCUGCAGUACGUGGUGAAAAGUUUUGACAGAUCAACGAAAGUGAUCGAUUUCCACUACCCCAACGAGCUGCUGCAGGAGUACAAUUGGGAGCUGGCGGAGCAGCCGCAGACCUUGGAAGAAAUCCUCCUAAACUGCAGGACCACGCUCAAGUAUGCCAUUAAGACAGGGCAUCCUAGAUAUUUUAAUCAACUUUCAACUGGAUUGGACAUGGUUGGGUUGGCAGCAGACUGGCUGACAUCAGCAGCAAACACUAAUAUGUUCACCUAUGAAAUUGCUCCAGUGUUUGUACUUUUGGAAUAUGUCACGCUACGGAAAAUGAGAGAGAUGGUUGGCUGGCCAGGGGGCUGUGGCGAUGGGAUAUUUUCACCUGGUGGUGCCAUAUCUAACAUGUAUGCUAUGUUGAUUGCACGUUUCAAGAUGUUCCCAGAAGUUAAAGAAAAAGGAAUGGCAGCUAUUCCCAGGCUGGUUGCCUUCACAUCUGAACACAGUCACUUUUCUGUGAAAAAAGGAGCUGCAGCCUUGGGUAUUGGUACAGAUAGUGUGAUUCUGAUUAGAUGCGAUGAAAGAGGGAAAAUGAUUCCAUCAGACCUUGAAAGAAGAAUUCUUGAGGCCAAACAAAAAGGAUUUGUUCCUUUUCUAGUGAGUGCCACAGCUGGAACAACAGUGUAUGGGGCCUUUGACCCACUCAUAGCUAUUGCAGACAUCUGCAAGAAGUACAAAAUCUGGAUGCACGUGGAUGGAGCGUGGGGUGGUGGGCUGCUGAUGUCAAGGAAGCACAAAUGGAAGCUAAAUGGUGUUGAAAGGGCCAACUCGGUGACCUGGAACCCUCACAAGAUGAUGGGAGUCCCACUGCAGUGUUCAGCCCUGCUAGUGAGGGAAGAGGGACUGAUGCAGAGCUGCAAUCAGAUGCAUGCGUCCUACCUCUUUCAACAAGACAAGCACUACGACCUGUCUUACGACACUGGGGACAAGGCUUUGCAAUGUGGGCGGCACGUUGAUGUCUUCAAGCUUUGGCUGAUGUGGAGGGCAAAGGGAACCACAGGAUUUGAAGCACAAAUUGAUAAGUGCUUGGAACUUGCAGAAUACCUAUACAACAAAAUAAAGAACAGAGAAGGGUAUCAAAUGGUGUUUGAUGGAAAGCCUCAGCACACAAACGUCUGCUUCUGGUAUAUACCUCCCAGCUUGCGCAGCAUGGAAGACAACGAAGAAAGGAUGAGCCGCCUCAUGAAGGUGGCACCAGUGAUAAAAGCAAGGAUGAUGGAAUAUGGGACGACCAUGGUGAGUUAUCAGCCUCUGGGAGACAAAGUGAACUUCUUCCGGAUGGUCAUCUCAAACCCAGCAGCAACUCAUCAGGACAUUGAUUUCCUGAUUGAUGAAAUAGAGCGCCUGGGACAAGAUUUAUAAUAACCGGGUGUGAAAGGCUGUUCCUGGACCUCUAAGUAGACAAUUAAGUUGUCACAAACUGUGCGAAUGUAUUUGUAGUUUGUUCCAAAGUAAAUCUAUUUCUAUAUUGUGGCGUUGGAGUAGAGUACAGUUUAAAAUCAAAAAAAACAUGGCUCCUUUAAAGUCCUUUCCUGAGUUUUAGAAUACCUCGUUAAUAAUUAGCUUCACAAAAAAGCUGCAUUGAAACAAAUGAGGAAGAACAGAAGAUGUUUAAAAUUUUAUCCCAAAUUUUAACACGGGGACUACUUUAAAUUAAAAGCAGUCAGACCAAAUGAUGCCAAAUUUGCCCCAAAUGGUGACAA